AUGAAAUUCAAAUUGUGUCAUUGGCAUUUUAUCGAAACACCUGUCAACAAGCCAAAAAUCGGGUUUUUCAUACCUCAUUGGGGUCUACUUACUACCAAAAGAUGGGAUCUAAACUGCUUGAAUACCCCAGGUCAACAAAUCCGAUGCUGGAUCCGAUCGGAUCUUACCGGAUCCGACCAUCUGACAAAAUCCGAUCGGAUUCCUGUAGGAUCCGAUGGGAUCCGAUUUAGUAUUCGUUACUGUGCAUCUCAUACGACUUCAAUCAUGUCCACCGAAAGUUUAGAAAUGAUAUUGGGAAAUGGAACCGGGAAUCCGGAUUCUUCCAAUACACCGGAAGACGUUCCACAUGAAAUUGAAACGGUUAGCAAAUCAACGAAUGCACCGUAUUACAUCAUCAUAACUGCAAGUAUUCUACUGACAAUUACUGUUAUGAGUAUAGCCAUCGUAAUUGUUUGUUUAAAUUCACCGAAAUCUCAUUACACGUGUCAAUCGAAUUUUCGAGCCAUCACUGAUAGUAGCUCCUUAUUACAUGAUUCUUAUCCACAGUCAAUUGCUACGGGAGAUUUCAAUCAUGACGACGCACUAGAUAUUGUGGUGGUCAAUUCUGGUACGAAUUCGAUGGGAAUAUUUCUUAAUUAUGGCAAUGGAACAUUUGGAUCACAAAUCAUUUUACUCACAGGAGAUCCAUCGACGCCACUAGCAGUCAGUCUGAGCGAUCUGAAUAACGACACACAUUUAGACAUGGCCGUCGCUAAUUACGAUACGCAUGCAGUCGCAAUUUUCUUUGGACUUGGAAAUGGAUCGUUCAGCAAACAAGGAGUAUUUUCCACUGGUAUCUCUCGUCCGGUAUCGUUAGCUAUUGCCGAUUUGAAUAAUGAUGGUCGAUCAGAUCUUGUUGUUGUAAACAAUGGUACACAUGAUAUAAGUAUAUUUUUUGGUAAUGGCGAUGGAACAUUCAAUAAUUUAGUUCGUUAUUCGACUGGCUAUGAUUCGUUUCCUUACUUUGUUGCUAUUAGUGAUUUGAAUGAUGACGAAAACCAAGAUAUUGUUGUGGCUAAUUACGGUACGCACAAUAUUGGAAUCUUUCUUGGCGACGGUCGAGGAGAUUUUGCAUCACAGAAAACGUAUUCAACAGGCCUAUAUUCGUACCCGUGUUCGAUUACCAUCCAUGAUUUUAAUAAUGAUGGAAAACUAGACAUUGCGGUAGCGAACUCGGGUAAAGACAAUAUUGGUGUAUUUUUCAGUUGUGGUAAUGACACUUUCGGGUCACAAAUAAUCUAUCCGACGAGUCCUGGAACAGGACCAAAGUCCAUUUCAGCUGGCGACUUUGAUCGAGAUGGACAUUUGGAUAUUGUUGUCGCAAACUAUCGAACAGACAAUAUCGGUAUAUUGAUCGGAUCAGAUAAUGGAAAUUUUUCAUCUUUUGUAAUGCAUUCGACUGGGAUCGAUUCAGCUCCAUUUAGUUUAACUGUUGGAGAUUUUAACAAUGACAGUCAAGUGGAUGUUGCAAUAGCGAACUACGGUGCAAAUGCAAUUGUGGUACUGAUUGGAUACGUUAUGGUACAAGCGGAAAUUCCAACGACCUACUCAGCUGGCAGUGGAGCUAUUCCUUACCAAAUCAUUACAGGCGAUGUAAACAACGAUACAUAUCUCGAUCUUGUUGUUGCUAAUUCGGGUGCGGGCAGUAUUGGUGUAUUUCUUGGUAACGGUGAUGGGAGUUUUCAGGAACAAGUUUACUACCCGUCUGUUAGCCAAGCGGAUAUACGUGGCAUUGCUCUAGCUGAUUUAGAUCAUGAUCAACAAUUAGAUGUUGUACUUACACAUUUCAAUGAUGAAAGCUUGGGUAUUCUGUAUGGAAAUGGCAAUGGAUCGUUUAUGCAUGUCGUGACAUAUUCUGUCGGAAGCCCAGCGUCACCACGAUGUUUGACUGUGAAUGAUUUUAAUAAUGACCAUCAUCCAGACAUUAUCUACACUGAUCAAAUUACUGGUAAUAUUGGAGUUUUGCUCGGCUACGGUAAUCGAACGUUUGGACCAGUAGCGAAAUAUCUGCUCGGAUCGCAAUCACAACUGAUCGGUAUUGAUGCAGGCGAUUUUAAUCACGAUGGAAAUUUAGAUGUUGCAGUUGCAGAUUAUGGUAUUGGUAAUAUUGGCGUUUUUCUUGGAUCUGGGACAGGUGCUUUCACAUUAGU